AUGUGGGCCUGGCUUGUGUGUGCGUGUGAGCGUCCGGCAUCCAGUUCCCAGUGCAUGAAUCCACCCAGCCAGACCCACGGCGCCACCCGGACUGUCCUGUGCUGCUCCCGGCCUGCGCAUUGCCCCGAAUCCCCCCACAGCCCCACGAUGCUGUGUGUGCUGCUCCUGGCGGUCCUGCUGGGCCUGGCCGGGGCCCUGCCCUUCGAGCAAACGGCCUUCUGGGAUUUCUCCAUGGACGAGGGCCCUGCCCUGCAGAACGACGAGGAGGCCUCGGGCAUCUUCCCCACCUCUGGGGUCCCUGACUUCGAGGACGUCGUCACCACCUACGGGGGCCUGUGCCCGUUCGGCUGCCACUGUCACCUGCGGGUGGUGCAGUGCUCUGACCUGGGCCUGAGAACGGUGCCCAAGGAAAUCGGCCCCGACACAAAGCUGCUGGAUCUGCAGAACAACCAGAUCACGGAGCUGCGGCGGGACGACUUCAAGGGGCUGCAUCACCUCUACGCCCUGGUCCUGGUGAACAACAAGAUCUCGCGGGUGCACGAAAAGGCCUUCAGCCCCCUGCACCGGCUGCAGAAACUCUACAUCUCCAAGAACCUGCUGGCCGAGAUCCCGGCAAACCUGCCGCCCUCCCUGGUCGAGCUCCGCAUCCACGACAACAAGAUCCGCAAGGUGCCCAAGGACGUCUUCAAGGGGCUCGCCAACAUGAACUGCAUCGAGAUGGGGGGCAACCCCCUGGAGAACAGCGGAUUCGAACCCGGCGCCUUCGACGGCCUGAAGCUCAACUAUCUGCGCAUCUCAGAGGCCAAACUGACGGGUGUCCCCAAAGACCUGCCCGAGACCCUGAACGAGCUGCACCUGGAUCACAACAAAAUCCAGGCCAUUGAGCUGGAAGAUCUGAUCCGCUACGGGAGGCUGAGCAGGCUGGGGCUGGGGCACAACGCCAUCCGGAUGAUUGAGAACGGGAGCUUGGCCUUCGUCCCGGCGCUCCGGGAGCUGCACCUCGACCACAACCGGCUCUCCCGCGUGCCCUCCGGGCUGCCUGGCCUCCGCUUCCUGCAGGUGGUGUACCUGCAUGCCAAUGACAUCACGCAGGUGGGGGUGAACGAUUUCUGCCCCGUGGGGUUCGGGGUGAAGCGAGCCUAUUACAACGGAAUCAGCCUCUUCGGGAACCCCGUGCCCUACUGGGAGGUGCAGCCGGCUGCCUUCCGCUGCGUCACCGACCGCCUGGCCAUCCAGUUCGGCAACUACAAGAAAUGAGUGG